AUGUCUAGUCCUUAUUUGGUGCUUUGCGGCUCGCUCCUUAGCCUCUGCUGGCGAUGGUCGGAGUUGGUCGAGCUUGCUUCUGCCGGUGGCUUACCCUUUUCGGGUUUGAUUAUAGGUCCGCUUGAUUGUUUAUGUGGGCUCGGCUUUUGGUUUGGUUGGCUUCGGUUUGGUUUGGUUGGCUUCGCUCCUUGGCCUCUACUGCUUGUCGGUCUUAUCAUUUUAUGCUAUGGUUGUCCCGGCCUUGGGCGGCUUGAUAUGUCUGCUGGCUCGAUUAGUAUGCCUUCUCUUGUUCUUCUAACUACCGGUCCAUAUCGGAUUAGGCUUCACCAGUCCGGCUCCUCUAUCGUGUUCAAGCCUCUUUUUGUCUUGCGCCGAGCAGCUGCUUUGGAUGCUCUUUCGUGUUGGCUCCCCCACCUCUCCCGUGGCUUUACGCCCGCCUUGACCCUCUACCUCGCCUAUUGCUUCCGCUCCUACUUGCUGCUGUCCAUCUCUUAUCAUGCGGUCUCUUUUUCGUCCCGCUUUGUGGAUAGUCGAGCCUCGUCGCCCUUCGCCUUGUGA